UCGACUUUUAACUUUAGGUCGCAAUAAAUAUUUUCGUAUUUUCCAGGAAUUGGACGAGAAGAAUCGACAGCUACGACGUAUGGAGAAAAGUAUGAGGGAAACAGCGAGCAGUGUGGAUGAAUUGAAAGUUCGAUAUUUAAGUUUACAGAAGGAUGUCUCUGAAUAUGAUGGUACACAGCAGAGUAAAUUCGCCGAACAACUGCAGGAAAAAAUCGAACGCUAUGAAGUCGAAAUUGAGCAAUAUCAGAAGCUAGCAAUUCAGAGGCUAGCUGAAUCGAUACGACUGAACGGAGGUGAUGCAGAGAGGAAGCUCGAAGAAAUGAAUCGUCAAAUGAUCGCCGAACGACUGCGCAAUCUUCAGCUGAUGCGAAAGCUUCAAACCAUCGAACGAAAUCGGGCUGAUGAAAGCACACGACAUGCUAAGCUUCAGAAAAGCUAUGAGGAGCAGCGAUUCGCGCACGUUAAACAGCUCAAAAUUGCUAGCUAUGAACUGGAUCUGACAGCCAUUGAAAUCGCUCGUCUGCAGACAGUUCUUCUUCACUCGGUACCGAGGACUGAUUAUGAUGAACUGCUGACACAACACAAACAAUUGCUAGUCACUGAAGACAGUUAUAAAGAGAAGGAUUACGUUGGGAUAAACUUGCUCAAAGAAAUGGCGGACGAGACCGAAGGCGCCGAAUUGGCUGUUGAGAACACACACUUAAAGGAAGUGAUUAAAGUUCUGACAAGUCAAAACGAAUUCUGGCAAGCGGAACUGGACAAAAUUCGAGCACAAAAUCAAGAGAUGACGCUAUUCUUGGAAGAUAUUGAAAGCGAGUCACAAGUAAAAAGUUUGCUGGUUGCCCUGGAACGUCGAUUUCUGGAGGCGUUAUCGCAGUGUGCGCACGUGUCGCAGAAUCAAAAACUUGCUGCUGAGCAGAUGCACAACAUGCAGAACGAAUUUACCCGGAAGCGAAGGAGUUGGAACAAUGAGAAGAAGAAACUGAUCGAAGUGAUCCGUUCACUGCAGCGUUUGCUUCUGGUGCAUUAUACUUUCGAGAUUUUUCGCAAUCGUCCACUUUUGCCUUUUUUUUUCCAGCGAAUUCGAUCGAAUUCAAUGGAAAUUAUGACCGUGCAACAGAUGCUGCAGUACAAAGAAAAAGUUGCCGAAGUCAAUGCCAAUUACGCAAAGAGUGAGCAGUGUAAAAAUGAGAUCGAGAGGAUCAAAGAGGAGCAGGAGCUGCAGCUGCGAAAUGCUGAAGCACUGAGAAGAAGCUUUGAACUGCUGCAAGAGAACGAUUACAAUAUUAUCAAACUGCAGAAGAGUUUACAGGCUAAUCAGCUGAAUCUGCUGAACAGCCAAGCGCAACUCCAGGAUGCACAGCUUCAGAUCCAGAAAAGAGAUGAGCGGAUCCAGAAACAGGAGGAUAAAAUAAGUGGCAUGCAACGAGAGAUACAAGAUUUGUUUGCGGCCACAUUCAAAAUACCUGAUUUGGAUGAAAAAACUGGGGAAAGCCAUGAACAGCUACCAGCUUCUGCUACUGCUACUCUUGGCACAGAGCAGUAUAAAACGCCGGACUUGGAAGAACCUGAAGCAAAACAGCCUCGUGUUCGAGAUAUCGAAGACGAAGACAUGAACGCAGACAGUGGUUUGGAUGAUACGAAGACAUACCUGGCACCGGAAGACACUGUCGGCACUGAAUCCGAUGCACAAUUGUCACCGAUUCCUGCGCCUCGAGCUGUCGAUACUACCUCAAAUAUAUCGGCUAUAAGCAAGGAAUAUGAGGCAAAGCUGCGCCACAUUCGGGAAACUGCCGAGCUGUGUAUUGAAAAUUACAAGGCAUGUUUGAAGUUUGAACAGCUGAAAUACAAGGAAGAAGUUAUUGAGAAGUACAAAACGCUUCUAAAAAUGGUGUUCGACGAGAGAGACGGGUCGGAACGGAGAAUCGACGCUUCUUCUUUACUGGCUGCCGAGAAUCCAGAAAUGCGAAAACUGCGAACUUCCACUGAGAUACUGCAGCAAGAUGCUGGCGCCGACGCCGAAACAAAGGAGCUGGAAAUUAUUAAACUGAAAAAUGAAAUUGAGCAUUUCAUAGAAGUAAAUCGAGAACUCACUGAUAAAAUGGUUAAGAUCCAGAAACAAGCAAGUGCCGUGGUGGAUGCAACAACGCAAACAGACGCUGAUGAGGAGGAAAUGGACAAAGAAAAGAGGAUUAGUUCAAAUCAACCAAGCAUUAGCAGCGGUUCAGAAAAAAUGCGAAAACUGCGAACUUCCACUGAGAUACUGCAGCAAGAUGCUGGCGCUGACGCCGAAACAAAGGAGCUGGAAAUUAUUAAACUGAAAAACGAAAUUGAGCAUUUCAUAAAAGUAAAUCGAGAACUCACUGAUAAAAUGGUUAGGAUCCAGAAACAAGCAAGUGCCGUGCUGGAUGCAGCGACGCAAACAGACGCUGAUGAGGAGAAAAUGGAUAAAGAAAAGAGUUCAGAUCAACCAAGCAUUAGCAGCAGUUCAGAAAGUGAGGUAGUGGAGAAGAGCGAGGAAGAAUCUACGAAGGCGAUUGUUAUUCCGGGACCUCUACGUCUACAGACUCCACCACCAGAACGGACACGCUCGAUAGCUAUAGAAUUAAGCGAUGCGAGGGAAGAAGUUUUGAUGGAAACAUUGCGGAAAGAAGAAUCCACAGUGAUGGUAAUGCGAAUGGAAAUUCGAAAGCUGAAGCAACGAAUUGCAACUCUUAAUGCGCGCAACAAGGAGCUGCAGCAAGCAUGCGAAACCAUCCGAGCCGAGGCGUUAUCUCAGAUCGAGCGAAGCUAUGUCCCGGACAGUGCCGAUGCAUCUGAAGCAACCAUCACACGACUGCAGGAGGAACUCGCUGCGGUAAAAAAGGAGGCGGCAAACCAAAAAAGUAUGAUUCGGGAGCAAAAAGAAAUCAUCGAGCAACUGCAAGGCGCCAAGAAGUUAGAAUCCGCUAAGAAUGCAGAGGCUGAAGUAGCGAAAUGGCGCGAAAGGAAAGCGCGUGAAGGGAAUAUUGAAGCACUGCGAAAAAAACUAAAGGAAUCGGAGCAACGAGAGCACGAAAUGCGCGAGAAAUUGGAGAAGCGUGAGCGUCAUAUUGAGCAAAUAAACCGAACGGAGGGAAACCGCGUGGCAGAAGUGGAACGACUGCGUGCUGCGAACAAGAAGCUGAAGCAUGAAAUCGAGGUAAACCGGAUGCAGCAGAAUAAGGCGGACGAUUGCUCGAAGGGCUGGGAGGAGACGAAUCGAGUGCUGCAUCAGAAAGUGGAACAGCUCAAAAAGGUCAGAAAGAAAUCCCAGGAUUUUUUGGCGAAUCCUAGGCAAUCAUUGAGGGAAGGGCUAUCCGAGUCAAACAGGACACGGAAUUUUUUUUUUCUUUCCUCAACUCAUCUUUAUUUUUCUGACUGUGGACAAUCCACAAGUCUGAUCCCUGAGGGAAUCAAGCAGUAAGA